UAAAAUCAAUCUACAGUAUUAAUUCUUAAAAGAGAUACUCUUUUAUAGUUAUUGAAUAGUGCUUAGAAUGAAAGAACUAUUCACUUAGAGAGAUUCACAGUAAAUAAACAGCUAAGUGUUCAUUACUUAAUGCAUGGAAAUGAAUAACCAUCUAUCCUAUUAGAAAAAAAACAAACCAGUUUUUUUUGUGCAAUAAUAUUCAAAUUUAUUCUAGAUUAUUCUUGAAAAAAUAACCAAAACAUCUCAAGAAAAAUCAAAAAAAAAAUUUUUGAUUAAAACAACAGAUGCAGAUGAUGAUGGUGAUGAAGAAGAAGAAGAUCUAUCAUCUGAUAAUGAAGCAUUACAAAUUAUUUUUACUAUUGCAUCAUUAUUAAUAACACAUUAUGAUCAAUUAUCAUCUGAAAAUAAACAAAUUCUUGCUUCACUUUAUUCAUCAUUCGUAUGGAUUGAACAGAAUCAUUCAAAUACUGAACUAUGUCAAUUAGCUCAUGAAUUAUCAAUGGCUUUCGUCACAUUUGGUGCUGUUAAAGAAAUUUCCAAUGAAAUCAAAUCAAAUUUAUUAAUAGAAGAAAUAAAUAAUGAACGUGAUUUACGUGCUGAAACAUAUGAAAAUGCUUUUGCUUGUUUAUCCGAUCCAAGUAUACCAAUACGAGCACAUGGUUUAAUUUUAUUUCGACGUUUAAUUGAACGAUCCGAUAAAGAAACAUUAUUAAAAAUUCAAGAUAAAAAUUUAAAUUUAUUAAAACAUUUUCAACAACAUUUACAUGCAGAAGAUUCCUAUGAAUAUUUAGCAGCUAUUAAUGUUCUUUGUGUAUUAGCUAAUCAAUAUACAGAUGAAAUUUUACCAAAACUUUGUAAUGAAUAUAUGAAUAAAAAUCGAAAAUUAGAAGAUAAAUUAAAAGUUGGAGAAAUUCUAGUUAAAACAUGUCGAAUACUAGGUGAUAUGUCAACAAAAUAUUCAUCGUUAUUAAUCAAUACAUUCCUAAAUGCUUCAAGACAAAUCGAUGAUGAUAUAUAUCGUGCAAGUGCAUUAUCAAAUCUUGGUCAACUAUGUACUGUUCUAAAGUAUUCACUUUCAAAAGAUCUUUCUGAAAUCUUAAUUGCUUUAAAGAGUUAUCUAUCAAUAUUUGAAUCUUGUGAUGUACGACGUGCAUCAAUUCUUGUUUGUGAACUUCUAUGUCAAUCACUUGAGCAAUCAACAUGGUUAACAGUACUCGGCAGUGAACUACCAUCAUUUUAUCAAUUAAUUAAUCAUCUUUAUAAAACUGAUAAAGAUGAUAUAGUACGUCUACAUGCACAAAUAGCACUUGAAGCAUUAAAUUCAAUUUGUCGAGAUUAUUUACAACCACCAGUAACAUUAGAAAAAAAAAUUCGUAUUCUAUCAUAA